AUGCCGGGCCAUCGUCUCGUUCGCGGCAUGAAUGAUCGGCCUAAACAACCCAAGGCCACAACCCCCCUGCAGCAACAACUGGAACUCAACCGAAAACGUGAUUUAGAGCUUGCUGAGGCAUCAGAUGCUACCUUGGUAAGAAGGCUCAGGCAUAUUGACAACGCUCAGAAGCCUAGAGGUGAAGUUGACGUUGAGAACUUACCCGACUUACCCGAGGCUCGUAAUGAAAUAGAUCACCCUGGUGAUGAUCCAGGCGAAGACCAAGAUGAGAUGGACUUGGACUUGAAUCGCUUCAUGCCCAUGCUAGAAGAAGGUGGUCCUGAGAACGAUCAAAAUGCAGACGACCCAAUAAUGGCACAUUUACGACGAGAAAUGCACUUAGCGGACCGCCUCGCCAACAAGAAGAAAUGGCUUUGGCAAUACGCCAUUAUGUUACCCACCUUCCUUAGGAGACGGUUGGAAACAUCGAAUUGGGGAAACGAAAUCAAUUGGAAUGAAGACUUACAAGAGCCCUGCAACUGCUCCGUGAGGACGGAGCAAGACGUUGACCUUGUGGACCUAGUAUCCAGAGUGCGAAAGAAGAUUUCGUUUUGCAAGAGAUGCGAUCUUUCUGACCCUCAAAGGUUGUUGCAGAUGGGAUACCUGGCUGCUUCACCGUCUCAGCCGCGCACCGCCUUCUCAGUGCGACUCAUGGUUCACCAUCACUCACAGUCGAUUUGUUUAGCUGUUCCCACCGAUGCUUACUGUUUAGCACUAAAUGAUGUGCUUAACAACGGCAGUCCCGAGAUACUUACCCCUAAUGGUGAGUUGACUUUUAUGCGUGGGCAAACCCGAAAAUACCAAGCCGAGCUGGUUGACAGCAAACGGACGCUGGCAAAGCUACAUCAGCAAAACCCGACACAUACGGCGGAGUACUUUCAGUUGCAGUGGGAUCGUCAGCGUGCAUUGCAGCUGAAAGCAAUGAGUGUCGAGGCAAAAGAGAAACGAGAACGGCUAGGAGUUCUGCUCACACUUGAGGAGGAGCUGCUAGAAGCACGGCAAGGAUUUAUUCGUUUCAGUCGGAGGAUGGUUGAUAUGAAUGCAGUGAAUGAUGCGAUACGAACGGCUGAACAGCGCGAUGCACUGCUGGAUCUGCCAGCAUCACUGGUUGCUCUCGAAGCUCAGAUUCAAGCCGUGGCGGACGAACUUGGAAGUGCAGAACUUGUGAAUGCUCGGCGAAGCACGAGUGUAAGAGUGAAGGCUAUUCUUAGUGUCCAGGUGUCGUUAGGAUUCUUAUACGAGGCCGCUGUAGAUGUGAUCCAACAGAAGGCUAAUGCAGCGAUCAGAACCGGUGCAACCCAGCAGCCACGUAAUGAACAACUACGAAAGAAGAAACACACACUGCUGAAGAAGAAACUGGAUACGUACUUGAGGCAAGCUUCUAAAUACAAUAGGCAUCAUCGACCAACGCCGCGACUAGCGACACCGACUUUGGAAGAAGUCUUGGCUAUGGAUCUGCUAGACCCUUUUUGGGAUGACGUAGCGCUUGACCACCUUGAAGAGCCAUGGGCUUCAUGUGAGAGGACAAAGGAAGGCAUCGUAGCGUUUCGAAAUCAAUUGUCGUCUGAAGAAGAACUGAGGCGUCUGGGGCGUGAGGUCAGGCAGGUCAUGGGUUGGGCGCUUGACUAUCAAGCUCGUGUUGAUAGGAUAAGGCCACAUGAAGCCGUUAAUGGCAAGUCCCACCUUACUUACCAAUACGACCAUUCUGUAUUACUGAUGUGUGUUUUUGCAGGUGGUGGGCGAGUAGCAGAGUGGAACUCUAUCCACUCGGGGCUGGCUAAACGCACCUUUCGGCUAUGGAAACAUUGGGAUAGGGCCUUGAGAGAGGUUGUGGAAUCAACCAACGACUACGUAAAUGGAAGGGUGGAAGCGGACAAUGCCUUACUUUUGGGGUGGCAGCAAAUGAUCGCGCGUACGACAGGAGCUCCGAUAGACCUAUAUGAAGAGGCAGAGUAUCAACGCAUACUUGAGUUAGAGGAAGAUGAGGGUAUUCAUAUUGACUGGGAGGUGGCCCUUGGAUAA